UCCUUAUUCUCGAGGUUCUCUAAUGCCAAGCUCCUCUUCCUCUCACUUGUUCCUCGAAAUCUAGGGUUUGCUUCUCCAUUCGCGCGCUAGUGUUUCGCAUCUUCUCCAGGAAUGGGUGGUCGAGCGGUGCUAUCCGAUGAAGAAGAAGAGUUCGAAGAUGAGGAGGAUGCGGGAGGGUCGAGGAAGCACGCUGUGGACAACGAAGGGCGGGAUGAUGACGAUGAUGAGGAGGAAGAGGAAGACGAGGGUCAGGAUGAGUAUGAGAAAGAUGGAUUCAUAGUGGACGAUGUUGAGGAAGAGGAGGAAGAAGAAGAGGAGGAGGAGAGGGCUGACAGCGAUCAGGAAAGGCACCGAAAGAAGAGGAAGAAGAAGAGAGAAUCAGAGAAAAAUUACGUACUUGAUGAAGAUGACUAUGAGUUGCUGCAGGAUAACAACAUCACUGGCUUUCAUAGACCGAAACCUGGUAGCAAGUUCAAGCGACUGAAGAAGGCUGGGAGGGACUCAGAAUUGGUGGAGCCAGGGUUCUCUGAUGAUGAAGAGGCUAACAGGAGCAGUAAGGGUGGCCGGACUGCAGAGGAGAAACUAAAACGUAGCUUGUUUGGUGACGAUGAAGCGGUCCCUCUGGAGGAUAUUGCUGAAGAAGAAGAACAGCCUGAAGAAGAGGAAGAUGCAGAUAUGAUUGGUGAUGAGGAUGAAAUGGCAGAUUUUAUUGUUGACGAAGAUGUUGAUGAGACUGGUGCUGUCGUGAGGAAGAAGAAAGUGAAGAAGAAGUCAAGGCAAGCACCUGGAGUUUCAUCCUCCGCUUUGCAGGAAGCUCAUGAAAUAUUUGGUGAUGUUGAAGAGCUACUGCUGCUUCGGAAACAAAGGAUGGCAAGGUCUGCUGGAGAUGCUGAUGUUUUGGGAGUAAAGAAGCUGGAGGAUGAAUUUGAGCCCUUAAUUCUUUCAGAAAAGUAUAUGACAGAAGAUGAUGACAGAAUACGGGAAACUGAUGCUCCAGAGCGAUUCCAGCUUUCUGAAAUGAUCACUGGUCCUCCUCCAACAGAUGAUAAGAAUAUUGAGGAGGAGAGUGCGUGGAUAUUUAACCAGUUAGCUGCUGGUUGCAUGUCACCUUUGGUUACUGUGGACCAAGCCAAGGAGAUUUACAAGGAGGAAAUUGGAAAUGUCUUGACAAUGCUUCAUCUGCAGAAGUUAGAUGUUCCUUUCAUUGCAAUGUAUCGCAAGGAGUUAUGUGGUAGUCUUUUGAAAGAUCCUGAACUAGACAUGUUAGACGGAGAAGGAAGAACUCCAAGAAUGCAGUGGCAUAAGGUGCUUUGGGCAGUAUAUUCCUUGGAUAGAAAAUGGUUACUUCUUCAGAAGCGGAAGAAAGCUCUUCAGGUUUAUUAUAGCAAACGAUUUGAAGAAGAAGCACGAAGAAUUGAUGAUGAAACAAGACUUGCUUUGAACCAGCAGCUAUUCAAGUCUGUUACUGAGGCUCUUAAAAAUGCAAAAUCUGAAAGAGAAGUGGAUGAUGUUGAUGCCAAGUUCAAUUUGCAUUUUCCGCCUGGUGAAGUCGAAGUGGAAGAAGGACAAUUUAAAAGACCAAAGCGCAAAACAUUGUAUAGUACAUGCUACAAGGCUGGUUUGUGGGAAGUUGCAAACAAAUUUGGUUUUAGUGCUGAGCAAUUUGGGAAGCUUCUGUCGUUGGAAGCUGUGAGGGAUGAACUUGAAGAUGGAAAGGAAACACCUGAGGAAGUAGCCGCAAACUUUACAUGCGCAAUGUUUGAAACUCCACAGGAUGUUCUAAAAGGUGCUAGGCACAUGGCAGCUGUGGAAAUUGCUUGUGAACCGACGGUCAAAAAGCAUGUGCGCAGUAUUUUUAUGGAGAAGGCUGUUGUCUCAACAAACCCCACUCCCGAAGGAAAAUUGACGAUAGAUGAAUAUCAUCAGCUCUAUGCUGUGAAACAUCUCAUGAACAAGCCCUUACACAUGUUUGAAGGUGUGCAAUGGCUAAUUAUUCAAAAAGCUGAAGAGGAGAAACUUCUUCAAGUUACUGUCAAGUUAAUGGAAGACGUGCAGAAAAAAUUAUUAAGUGAUGUGCUCGAGUACUAUUUGAGUGAAUGUGUUAGUAGGUCUGCUCAGCUUUGGAAUGAGCAACGUAGUUUGAUAGUGCACGAUGCUCUUUUGAGUUUUAUUCUUCCUUCAAUGGAAAAGGAGGCUCGAUCCCUUCUGACAGCUAGAGCCAAGAAUUGGCUCCUUUUGGAAUAUGGAAAACAGCUGUGGAAUAAAGUUUCGGUUGCUCCUUUUCAUCGGAAAGAGUCUGAGGGAGACUCUGAGGAUGACUUUGAAUCAAGAGUCAUGUCAUGUUGUUGGGGACCUGGAAAGCCAGCAACAACUAUGGUUAUGUUGGACACAUCAGGAGAAAUGGUUGAUGUGUUGUAUGCUGGUUCCAUUAGUAUACGGUCCCAGGGUGUUGCUGAACAGCAACGCAAGAAAAAUGACCAGCAGCGAGUGCUAAAGUUUAUGACUGAUCACCAGCCCCAUGCUGUGUCUAUUGGGGCUGCGAACUUAUCUUGCAGAACGCUGAGGGAUGAUAUAUAUGAGGUUAUUUUUAAAAUAGUUGAAGAUCAUCCUAAAGAGGUUAGCCGAGAUAUUGAAAACAUUUCAAUUGUUUUUGGGGAUGAAUCCUUGCCUCGCUUGUAUGAGAAUUCUCGAGUUUCUUCUGAUCAACUACCUGGACAACCAGGCAUUGUAAAACGUGCUGUCGCUCUUGGUCGUUAUCUCCAAAACCCUUUAGCAAUGGUUGCUACGCUUUGUGGACCAGGAAAGGAGAUUUUAUCUUGGAAGCUUUGCCCGCUAGAACAUUUUCUAACACCAGAUGAGAAGUUUGAAGUAGUUGAACAGGUAAUGGUAGACGCGACCAACCAAGUUGGCAUAGACAUAAAUCUAGCGGCAAGUCAUGAGUGGCUUUUUGCACCUCUGCAAUUUGUUUCUGGACUAGGACCACGUAAAGCAUCUGCUUUGCAGAAAUCAUUUGUAAGGGCUGGUUCUGUUUUCAACAGAAAGGAAAUUCCCAUUGGAAAGUUUAUUAAGAAGAAAGUCUUCAUUAAUGCUGUUGGAUUUUUACGCGUCCGCCGAAGUGGUGCUGCAAGCUCUAGUAGUCAUAUCAUGGACUUAUUAGAUGACACAAGGAUACAUCCUGAGUCGUAUGACUUGGCUAAAAAUCUAGCUAAAGAUGUCUAUGCUGAGGAUGCUUCACAUGAUCCAAAUGAUAUUGAUGAUGAGGCACAGGAGAUGGCUAUCGAGCAUGUUAGAGAAAAACCAGAUAUGCUGAAGGCAUUAGACAUUGAUGAAUAUGCCAAGAGCUUCUUUGAUCGGCAUGGCAACCAAAAACGAGAGACAUUAUAUGAUAUAAAAAUGGAACUUUUAAAUGGUUUCAAGGACUGGCGCAUUCCUUUCAAAGAGCCAAAUGGCGAAGAGGAAUUUGCUAUGCUUUCUGGUGAAACAGAUGAGACAGUUUCAGAGGGAAGGAUUGUUCAAGUAACUGUUCACAAUAUUAUGGAAAAUCGUGUUCUAUGUCACUUUGACUCGGGCUUGAAAGGGAUGGUUAUGGCUGAAGAUUUUGAUCAAAAUGGUGAUUUUGAGAAGGUGCGAGAAGGUGACAUACUCAGUUGCAAGGUUAAAAAUAUCAAUAAAAACAGAUUUGUGGUGUAUUUGACUUGCAAAUUAGAUGAGCCUAUGAGAAGACAACAUUUAAUCCCUAGAGAUCCUUAUUGUGCUCCGGAUGACAAGAACAGCCGACAAAGUGAGCAAGACAAGGUUAGGAAGGAAAAGGAGCUUGCUAAGAAGCAUUUCAAGCCAAGAAUGAUUGUUCAUCCACGCUUUCAGAAUUUGACAGCUGAUGAAGCAAUGGAGCUCCUUUCUGACAAGGAUGCUGGUGAAAGCAUCAUUCGGCCUAGUUCUAAAGGUCCUUCUUUUCUGACCUUGACCCUGAAAAUUUAUGAUGGAGUAUAUGCUCACAAAGACAUUGUUGAGAGUGGAAAAGAUCACAAGGACAUCACAAGUUUGCUUCGUCUUGGGAAAACAUUAACAAUCGAUAAGGAAAAUUUUGAAGAUCUCGAUGAGGUCAUGGAUAGAUAUGUAGAUCCAUUAGUCAGUCACCUGAAAAAUAUGCUUGGUUACCGCAAAUUCAGGAGAGGCUCUAAAGCAGACCUUGAUGAACUAUUGAAGAUGGAGAAGGCAGAAAAUCCCAUGAGAAUAGUGUAUUGUUUUGGCAUUUCUCAUGAACAUCCAGGAACUUUCAUCUUGUCAUAUAUCAGGAAUGCUAAUCCUCAUCAUGAGUAUAUUGGCUUGUAUCCAAAAGGCUUUAGGUUUCGGAAAAGGGAUUUUGAAGACAUUGACCGCCUUGUGGCUUACUUUCAAAGAAAUAUUGAUAAGCCACCUGAUGCAGGACCUUCACUGCGAACUGUUGCGGCUAUGGUUCCAAUGAAAAGUCCAGCUUCUGGUGGAUCAGCAGGUGGGGAUUGGGCAGGCUCUAACAAUGAUUGGAGAGGUUCCUCCCAUCCAGACAGGGAAAGGUCUUCUACUCCUAAUUCAAGAACUGUAGGUGGCAGAUAUGGUGGUCGUGACCAUCCAAGUGGUCUUCCAAGAUCUGGUCGUGGGUUCGGGCGUGGAAGAAACAAUGAAGGCAGGGAUUCUGGUUUUGGUUCCGGUGGAUGGGGUUCUGGACCAAAGAACAAUGAUGAUGGUGGUAUGAACAGCUUUCCUGGGGCUAAAGUUCAAAAUUCCCCUGGCAGGGAGAUGUUCCCCGGUGGAUGGAGUGGUGGCAAUGGUGGUAGACGGGGAGGUGGUGACAACGCCACUGGUAAUGGUGGCGGUGACAGUCGAUGGGGUGGUUCUCGGGAUUCCAAUCGUGUUGGCAGAGCAGCUGGCGGGGGUAGAGAUAGCGGUAAUGGUGGCUGGGGUGGAGGUGGCAGUGAAGGUUGGGGUGGUAAUGCUAAUGGAGGUGGUGGUUCCUCCAGUUGGCGGGGCCGGGGUAGCGUGGCGGGCGGUGGUGGCAACAAUGAUGAUUCUGGCUGGGGUAGUGGUUCUGGUGGUGGAGGUGGCUGGGCUGGCUCAGCCAAGAAUUCGACGGAACCCCAGGCUGCGGAAGCUGGAAGUGGGUGGACCGGUGGUGGCGGUGGUGGCGGUGGCUCCGGCAGUGGCUGGUGAAAGUUUAUUGACAUAACAAGCCUUAAUUUUUUUCUUUUAUCCCUUGUUGUUUCAAGCCUUUUGAUUUUUGGUAUCAUGUAUAGUUGUUUGGAGGAUUCACUUUAUUUUGCUUGUUAGGGCUUAAACUGUUUUAACUCAAUGGAACAUGUUUAUAGAUGAUAUAUAACCAAUGGGGUCGUUUCCUUCAUUUUUAUU